GUGCCAGAAGAUCAUCCUAAUGUCCACAUAAAACAGAAGUCCACAGCCAGAAUCUGGUGCAUACCCGGAUAAGCCGUCGACGCUCUCGUGUGUUAACACCAGUCUCUAAGGCCGUGCAUCUCACGAUCACUUCGUCAUGGAUGAUCUGACCAAGGAUCAAAUUGCUCUCCUGAAGAAGGCCUUCGAUGCCUUCGACCACGACAAAAAGGGUAGCAUCGGUACCGACAUGGUGGGCACCAUACUGACCAUGUUGGGCUACGAGCUCAGCGAAAAGACGCUGAAGGAAAUCAUCACCGAGGUCGACGAAGAUGGAUCGGGACAACUGGAGUUCGAGGAGUUUUGCACCCUGGCUGCUCGGUUCCUAGUUGAAGAGGAUUCGGAGGCCAUGCAACAAGAGCUACGCGAGGCGUUCCGACUGUACGACAAAGAGGGCAACGGGUAUAUAACCACCGCGGUGUUCCGCGACAUUCUUCACGAGCUCGACGACAAAUUAACACCACAGGAGCUGGAUAUGAUGAUCGAGGAGAUCGACGCCGACGGCUCGGGAACGCUGGACUUCGACGAGUUUAUGGAAGUCAUGACCGGUGGUGACGACUAGAUUGCAAGGUGGCUAAUCAGGAUGGACAGGGCUGCGAUUGAAAGCGACGACGACUGGCACGUGUGCUGUUCCGUAUCUGGACACCAAAGAGUUCCACUGUAUCCGACUGGUAGACGCGUAUGCUGACAUGGUCGACGACUGGAGACAAUCCCUGCGUCGGAUCGACGAUGAUCUUCGACGGGUCGACCAUCGAGAUGGCGGUUCGUCGCAGAAUCCCUGAUAGGGAAGAUGAGAAUGAAGUUCAAUAAAGAUUCCAAAGUUUCAAACCGAACAAAAGGCUUUUCUUGAUUACAAUGAGUCGAGUGACACGCCGGUUCUAACAUUCGUCGAAUUACCUCGUUGCAAACCUAAAUAUCGUAACAUCGAUAGAAGCGAAAGUCGAGACUGGUCGGACCGAUUGGUCCCCUGAACACCUGCAAUC